AUGUCACACACUGCCCACGCCGUGGAAGGAGCGAGAUCGUGGACACGCGACGGCUUCCUGAUAUCGACAGAUUCUUCACUGAUCCCUAUUCAAGACCUCAAUGAAGCCUUUGCAUCAGACGCACUAUACUGGGCUUCGCCACUGCCAGAUCCAGUCAUGCAAGAUAUGCUGGACAAUUGUCUCUGCUUUGGGCUUUACUCGCCGACACCGGCACCACCUGCGCCUGCGCCCGUGGAUAAGGACAUCUCGGCGUCUACAGCGCCGGAUCCAGCAGAGAUACUCCACGAAAUUGCUGGACAUGUCAAGCCGGAAUCGAGCAGUCAGUCAACGAGCCAUCAGACGUCACCCAAGGAUGUGGAGCAGCAACAAACCCAAGAUCAAGAACAGCCCUCGUUGAUUGGUUUUGCUCGCUUGAUCACUGAUCGAGUCACUUUCGCGUACCUGACAGACGUGUACACGUUGCCGGAAUGGCAAGGCCAGGGACUUGGGAAAUGGCUGAUCUCUUGCGUGCAGGAGGUCGUCGAAGACAUGCCACAUCUGAGGAGGUCGAUGUGUGUCGUUGGCCACGGGAAAGAGAGGGGUAUAGAGUUUUAUGGGAGCCUGAUGAAGAUGACGCCGCUGACGGAGCCGGCCAUGAUAUUGUCCUGGAAAGGCCCUGCGAACACCUUCUGA